AUGGGAAAUCAGACUUCUAGACUUACUAAGGAGAAGUCAGGGAAGACUGCAAAUGGGAAAGAAAUACCCCCCGAUAGUCCACUAGUUCGGAAGGUAACUCUAUGGACGGACAGUCGUAGAACGAAGGACUUAAAGAAAGACACCAUGAUAAAAUAUUGUUGUUUUAUAUGGACCAAAGAAUCUAUCCGCGCCCCCUCGGUAGUUUGGCCCGAGUAUGGUUCUGAUGAAGACUGGGUGUGUCUAAUCCUAAAUGUAUAUGUUAACAGAAAACAACCGUUUGACCCAGAAGAGAGCAAAUACGCCGCCGCCUGGUUGGCGGGCGACGGCGAGAGUCCCACGCGUCUCUAUCCUCUGAUUCCCCAAACAGACCCGAGGAAGCCCCAGAAGUCUUGGGACAUCCUCACUGACGGUGCCGUUGGGAACGAACGGACCGGGUUCGUAGUACAACCUUUAAAUUCUGGGGAUAUCCGGCAACUCCGUAACGAACUACCCCAUCUACUGGACGACCCCAUCAGUGUGGGAAUACAACUGGACCAAUUUCUGGGGCCCAGUAUAUACACAUGGGCUGAACUGCAGGCCAUGAUGAGAAUACUAUUUAAUUACGAUGAAAUUGUUAUGAUCCGGAAUAGUGCAAUGGCCAUUUGGGAUAGGGAGCAUCAGGACGGCCCUCAGCGUGGAGAGCAGAAGUACCCCUUAGAGGACCCCCGGUGGGAUCAUAAAGACGCGGGGGGAUGGGCCAAUAUGACAGAUCUCAGAAGCCUUAUAAUCAGGGGGAUCCAAACCUGCGUGCCCAAACAGCGGAAUUUAGCGAAAGCAUUCGAAGUUGGACAGAAAAAGGAUGAAUCCCCGAGUGAGUUUUUAGACCGUUUGCGGGAGUCCAUGCGAAAGUAUUCAGGUUUAAACCCCGAUGGGGAAAUAGGCAAGGGCAUGCUUAAGGUGCACUUUGUGACUAAGUCAUGGCCUGACAUUCAGAAGAAAUUACAGAAAGUGGAGGAUUGGGCUGAAAAAGAUGUUGCAGAAUUAUUACGGGGAACACAGAAGGUGUACGUUCAGAGGGAUGUAAUAAGGGAGAAACAAAAGACAAAAAUGAUGGUGGCAGCCGUACGGGAAGCUUGUAAGUCCACCGGAAUGGGGGAGGGAGGUUAUGGGGUGGAAAGAGGAACGUCGAAGAAAAGUUGGAGAGGGAGAGAAGAGAGACGGGGCAGAAGUGAGAGAGGAGGAUCUUAUGGAAUUGAGCGGCCUCAGGUGGCCGGAUGUUAUCAUUGCGGGAAACUGGGACACUUCAAAAGGGAUUGUCCCGAGUUUAAAAGGGAAAGAGAAGGGAUGUAUGAAAUGGAGCGUGAACAAAUGGAUUAGGGAAGUCAGGGGAGGAUCGGACAAACGUGCGAAUUGUACGCCUUGCACC